GGCUCGGUGGGUGAGGGUUUAUUUUUCUCAGCGCUGUAGUCGCUGUGCAGAUUUCGAACCCCUGAUCGGCGAAGUUUAAAAAAAUAUGCGGCUUAAACCGCGCGAAAUCGGGAGCUGGUUUGUCGCUUUGGGUCUUUUGGAACAGCGGCAAAAAGCUGCCGAUCAUGAGUUUGACAGCUAUCUGCGGGAUAUUUUGAAAGACGGCUCAAUACUCUGCCGUUUGGUGAAUCGGUUGAAGCCAGGGACAAUAAACAAGAUCUACCAGGAACCACUUUCCGAAGAGGAGCGCUUGGAGAACUUCAGCUCAUUUCUGAUCGCCUGCCAAGAUCUGCAACUGAAAGACAACGAGAUUUUCACUCCGAACGAUCUCGACUCUGAAGAAGGGUUCCUUCGUGUUCUACGGACUCUUGACUGCCUUGAAAAUGUGGCCAACGGAUAUGGCAUGGGAAAGCAGUUUACUCAUCAUGAAGUAACCACUAUUGAUUCAGCACAAGAGUCAGAAAAAGAAGUUGUUGACGACACAAGACACCUUGAAAUGACAGAUUAUGGAGUUGAUAUCCACCUUGUAAAAGCAGCCUUUCCAUUCAAUGGACGAGAUGAAGAUGAGCUCUGUUUUGAGAGAGGAGAUAUUCUGGAAGUCACUAAGGCUGUAGAUGGAGGAUGGUGGGAAGGAACCCUAAAUGGCAAAGUUGGAUGGUUUCCUAGCAACUAUGUGAAAGAAAUAUCAGCAAGUCCUGAACCUACAACACCAGUAACUCCCCAGCCAUCAUCAUCAUCAUCAACAAGCAGAAGGGAAAGUGCAAGGGUCUACCAUAACUUGGUUGUUCAAAACAUAUUGGACACUGAGAGAGCUCAUGUUAGUGAACUACAGGCUUUAUUACAAAAUUACUUAAAACCCUUACAGGCUUCAAACACAUUACCAGCACAAGACAUGAAGGUUCUUGCAGGAAACUUUGAGGAGAUCGUCCAGUUUCAGCAGAUGUUUUUCAAUAUUAUGGAUGAAUGUGCACAACUUGCCUUACCUCAACAAAGAAUGGGGGCUAGCUACUUGCAGAUUGCUCCUCAGAUGAAGGAAUUGUAUCUGAUGUAUUGUGCAAACCACCCUAGAGCAGUUGAGGUCUUAACAAAAUACAGUGAUGAGCUAUCAGCCUUUAUUGAAAGCAAAGGAGCACCAGCACCUGGAAUACUAACUUUGACGACAAGCCUCAGCAAUCCUUUUAGACAUCUUGGCAAGUACCCAAAUCAUAUGAAAGAACUGGAGCGCCAUCUUGAGGAGGGACAUGUAGAUGAACUGGAUACUAAAAAGGCCAUUGCUGUGUUUCAGAACUUGACUACCAGCUGCCAUGAAACUAGAAAACGAAAAGAAACAGAGUUAGAAAUGCUUACAGGAACUAUAGAGGGAUGGGAAGAAGAGGACAUAAGCAAACAGGGCGACCUCAUUUUGAUGUCACAGUUUUUGAUACAUGGAGAAAAUGGGGAGGUCAGAGAGAGAUCCUUUCUGCUGUUCCCAAACUGUAUGAUUAUCCUAUCAGUAAAUGCCAAUGCAUGUGGCUAUAAAUUUGAGAAAAAGUAUGGCCUAUCAGACUUAACCAUACGUUCACUAGAAGAUUCAGAAGGCAUUCUGAAUGCUUUUGAGAUAAAAGUCAAUGGAGAUGUCAUGAAACUUUCUACAAACCAUCCUCAUGAGAAGAAUGCCUGGCUUGAUGCAUUUCAACCGCCAGGGCAAAGUUCAAGGAUUCGGCAACACUCAGAGAAAGGCAGUGUGACUUCACCAUCCCCAUGGGUGGAGAGAAAUCCAGGGUCACUGUCAGAAAGAACUUAUUCAAAGUCGAGCCCUCCCCGAAGUGACUCUAUUGGAUCACCACCAAAUUCAGCCACACCCAAGGGUUCUAUAAGCACCUCUGGUGUACACUCACAGUCUUCUAGUGAUGGUUCCAAGUUCCGUUCUGUAUCGACGUCACAUUCGGUAGCUACUGACUUGACUGCAUUCAGCUCAGCCCCUCACAGUCCAAACAGAAAAGGACGCUGGGAUUUCACCAGGCUUAGACCCACUCCACCCCUGAGACCAGCAUAUGCACUGAUCGCUAAGGAGGAUACAUCUACAGCACAUCGAUCUAUGAGGGGCCUGCUUUAUUCAUCAAGAAAGAAACAGGGUUGUCUUACGCUUAAUCCUCUUACAUCUUUCAAAUCUUGCACUUCGGAUUGCCGGUCAAAGAGUGAACUUGAUGAUGAAAGAACCAAUAGUACCUCAGGAAAUAGCCGUGUACUAGAGGAAGACAUGCUUAUUCUCCGAGUUGUGGAGUCUUACUGUACAAGUGCAAGAGCACGGCAUACUCUAAACAGUAGUCCAAUCCUUCCAGAACUUCCCGCUCAUCGACCGCCUUCAACAUUCAGUUUAAAAGAAGAUGGGCAGAAAUCAAGAAAAUCAAAGAAAAAGUUUAAUAGGGAUGUCGCUGGUGAAUUUAACUGUCUUAGAAGAAGAGUGGAAGAACUUCAGCUCGAAACUGAGUCCCUUCGCCAGAGUUUGCUCGAAGAGAAAACCGCUCGGAAAAAGAUGGAGAAGUUCAUCCGGUGUUCCCUGAAAGGAGUGAUUCCAGAUGUUAAAUGGGAGGAUAUGGAGAAAAGUUAACACAAAUUUAUCUGUUGUAGUAUUUCAUAACUGCACCAAUUGCUUAAAAAGUUUUUAAAAUAUUAAUUAAAACAUACUCAACACUGCACUAAAUUUUUUUUAACUUUCAUCUUUUUAUGGGUAAUGCUUCUUUUAACCAGUAAGUUAAUAUUCUAAAACUGUUAUUUCUGUUCUAGGACGUCAUUCAAACCUGACACCUUGUCUUUGAAAUUCUUAGGAGGUUUAGGAUAGUUCAUAAUUAUAUGGUUCUUGUAUAUUUUUUACAACGUAACAUGACUUUGGUAUUUCUAAAGAAUUUCAAGAGUGAGUUCCCUAUCAUGAAGGAUAAGUUUUUAAACAAAGAAAAAAAAAUUUCUCUAUUAGUUUUAUACAGCCCAUGUUUGGUGAAAUUAGUGCUGUUUAUCUUAAUUUGGUGUAAAUAUAGUUUCGUUAUUACUGAGUCGUCUCUAUAUCUGUGCGGUAGUUAGGUUAAAGAAAUAAUAUCUAUAUCUUUAAGCACCAGAUAAUAAUAUAUUACAGAUAUCUCUAAUUCUGACAUACGGCGCCCUUACAUUGGAUUACAAAUUUAGGAGCAGAUCCCAGACAAACUCACUGGAAUUGAAAUCAACUUAGUUCGUAACGGCCAUUUUGAGUACAUGGUCAGAAUGUGCCGUGUCUGGAAACCAUCCCGCGAAUUUGUACCACUACGAAGAAUCUAAACGUUCACUAAGGUCUUUCUUUCGGAGUUCCAAGUGGUUAUUGGGUGGUAUCUCUUCUCCAUACUAUCCUGCCUAACGUAUAUGUCUGCACUUAGUACUAACUGUGAGUUCGUCAAGUUUCUUAAAUGUCUAAUCGAAUGCAAGGGUGCUGUUGCGAUGUUUGCGCAGCAACGGCAGGAGGUAACUCUUAUCGUUUUAUUCGGUAUGAUGUAUGGCUGUGAAGCUUUGUUCAUUUUACCAUAUUGCGCCUUGUUAGAAAUAACUUCGUCUGUUAGUUGAAUGUAGGCUUAGGCUUUCUUUUGUUUGAGUGACACUGAAUUUGAGGCGAUGUUUUUACCUCUUUAUUCGUGAUGAUAUAUUGUGAUAGUCAAUCUUAUGAUAAAGACCCGUUCUAAAAAAUGUUGCUAGACAAAAAUAUACCAGAUAGAUAUCUAUAGUGGUUUGAAGUUGACCAAAGUGAUCACAACGGGCUCUCAUGAGGAAGGUUUUCAUCAUGAACCAAUGAGCAAUCGAAGAAAAAAAAACGGGCAAACUACUAAAAGCGCGGGAAAACGCGGACGUCUGAUUGGUUCAUAACAUGAUACGAGUCUUUUUCGACCAAUCACACACCGAAGUAUACGAAAACCGAAGCCCUCCCGGAUUACUUUCGACAUUUGAACGAAAAUUACUCGAUGCCUGUUCUUAUAUUUGAACGGGGUCGGCAAGUAUUGGUACGAAUUUGUGCGUCUUUCAACUUUGCAAGCCGCGAAUCGGAUUUCUAUUUCUGAAGAUUUUCUUCCGCUUUUUUUUCCACCUCGACAAGUUCUUCUUUUAAAAAUUUCCCAAAGUGUACCCAUCUUAAAGGUUUUUACUGUCCAUUUCUCAGAAAUUUGAAAUUGUUUUUUACGAGGUUACUUUUGUCUCCGACGUGGUGAGGAUUGCUGAGUGUUACAUUACAUAAUCCAUCAUUUUUAUCGUCUAGACCCUUGUUGACAAAUAUUCUCGACCAAUGAGCGCGCGAGAAUUUCUACAGUUAUUAUAAAAAUGUAUGUAAGUCUCGGGUAAACAAUGCAAACAUCUCUGCAAACUGGUGUCAAGUUGACACAAAGAAUGUGAAAAAUUUGACAGCAGCCAUUCCUAAAUCGUCUUUAUAAAAUUACCUUAGGAUUUAUUGACUUUCAACACUUUUUUCGAGGAUAAAACAAAAGGCAACUAUCUGUAUUUUUACUCUCAAAUUACAACGUUUUUGAGAACGGGAGUAAAUAUAGAUAUAUUCACCUCGUUCCCUAUUCAUUUCUGUGGAUUGUUAGGAAAGAAAAUUCCCGUCUUGAAGUAACGUCAUAAAAACAGAAGUCUUCUAUUGAGUGUCACCGAACUAAAGCCAAAGUAAACGGAGGGAAUACCAUAAGGAGCCAAUGAGAGGUCAAAUUGAAAAUGAACUAACUGCUUAAAGCGCGGGAAAACUCGAGGGACCAACCAGCGAUUGGUUUCAGUUUAUCUCUGAUUGGUCGAGGGGGAAGUGCUAGUUUUCUUGACCAAUCCCAGACCGUUGUGAAGCAGAGCCAAAGCAAUUCGGGAUUAUACUUUCGACACUCAAAAUGUAUGUUACACACGUUAGGGAUAAAGAGGAUUUUUUGGGGGGCGAUCGUUUUACCACGGAUACCAGAAUUUUUCAAAGAUUCAAUUGAUUAAAGGUUAAGAUAUCAUUUUGACUUGAUGAUGAGAAGUAACAAAGAAAAAGGAUACAUAUACCAUACUUCUUCGACGAACUUGGCCCUGUUUAAAAAACGUUUGAGUUUUCAUCGUAAUUUAAUUUAUUUCAUAAGUUUUAUGCAGUGGAGUGGUGUCCUUGACUGUGAAAAUAUUAUAAACUUUUUCUAAUUUAAAUAAGGAUUUACAAAGAAACCGCCUCAGUAAAAGGCAUCGCUGACUUUGUUUACGUUAUGAGAUAAUAUAUCAAUCUCUUUAUACCUGGAAAAUAUUUUAAAUGCUAUCAUGAUCAGAGUCUUGUUUGUCUCUUUAUAUAAGCUUAGGAAGAGGGUGAAACUCGGCGUCCCUUAUAACUAAUUGUUUAUCAUGUAAGAUUGUUUGUAAAGCUUAGGUAAUGAUCAUUACAGUUACUUUGUAUUGAUAUCUAACUGGAAAAUACACUUUUUCUUGAGUUAA